UGAAGUUGUGCAUUGCCAAGUUCGGAGUAUUACGCUGUGUACAGUUCCUGUGUCAGUGCGAUUACAGACAGGGAGGCUGGCUCUAGAGCCUUUCAUUGAACAUUGCCUUUUUAUUAUUCGAAGUGUAGCACUUCGCCUUUUCUGUUCAUUUUUAUUUGUAUGGUGUGGGGGGGUCGAUAAAUCUUGCGGUUUAUGACUGGAUUGCGAAAACACCCAAUUCACCUGCUGUGUGUACAAGAUGCGCUUUGUACUGUACGUUACUAGGCUGUUUUUGUCAGCUGUAGCUAGUGCACUCAUUCACUGAAUUAUGCAGAGCGAGUGAGCAGUGGCUUUUGUGCAUUCAGUUGCAAAUGAAUCAAAAGUUAGUUCCUAUUUUUGGAGAGCGAGGUUAUUGCUCGGUAUUAAACGUCAAGAUCCACCGCGAUGUCACAGCGUAGAUACUCGUGUGAGUAUGAGUAAUUCUAAGAGGUUUAUUAUGGAUUACUUACUGGUUGCCUCCGUUUUCUUCUGUAAUUAUAGUCAGCAGUAGCGUUUCCACGGCGACAACAUGUUCAACCACCAUCACCAACAGCAGCAAUUUCAUCAGCACCUCCGGCAGCUCCAACAGCUUUUCCAACACCAGCCAGCUCCUCCACCGCCUCCACCGCCGCCGCCGCCGCCUCCUCACCAUCACCACCACCACCACCACCAGGGAGGCCGGCCGCUCCCACCACCUACGCAGGCCCCCCCGCCGCCUCCUCCUCCUCCUUCACCCCGCAUGGUGAAUCUGUGCUCUGCCACCCAGACCACCCUCAUCGGGCCCAACCCCAUGCUCCAGGGCGCCCUGCUGAUGCAGCAGAUGCAAGGAAACCUGCGUGGCUUCGCAAUGGGUGGGCAGCAGUUCCCCCCCUUCUUCCCUGCUGGGGCCCGGCCAUCCCUCCUGGGGCCUGCGCCCAUGGGAGUGGCCAUCAAGACCCCCGUCAUGGGCUUUCCUCCCCGACACUACCACCCCCACAGCCGUCACUACAAGGACUUUGCAAGGCUCCCAGAAAGGAAGAGAGAGAGUGACCAGCGGCCCCCGCCCAGCGGGGAGGUCCGACCGGAGGGUGGCAGUGAAGGGGAGCCCAGCGACAGGGCAGUCUCCAGAGAGGACAACGCUGCAGUCCCAGAUGGCCAGACUCAGCCCUCAGCUGAUCAAGAAGAGCCUGUGGUGAAAAGGCAGCGAACAGAGAGAUCUGAAGAGGAUAUAGGGACUGCUGCUGCUUCUGCUGAAACGCUGACCGCAGAUUAUAAAAGUACAGUGGAAGACACAGAGCCUGGAGAAUGUGCUGUUCUGGAAGAAGGAGGAAGUGCAGAUGGACCAGAGGCUGUAGAGUUUGUUGAAGAGAGCAGAGCGGCGGAGGAACAGAUAUGGGAGAAGAGGCUGGGGCUGCAGCGAUGGUGUGCCACCUGCCAGGCCCACUUCACCGGGGAUCUGAUUGAGCACCGCAGGACCAGAGAGCACAAGAUGGCCGCCAUCACAGCUGAAGUUCACUAUGUCCCAUCUGUUCGGUUGCCAUCAAAACCCUCUUGA